UCGGCCGGCGGAGCUAUGGCGCUGCCCGAGGCGCUCGCCUGUGGGCGCUCUGUGCACUGGCCUCGCGUGGUGCUUUUCGGAGACUCCAUCACCCAGUUUUCUUUUCAGAAGGGUGGAUGGGGAGCAUCACUGGCUGACAGUCUGGUCAGAAAAUGUGAUGUUUUGAAUCGUGGAUUUUCGGGUUACAAUACCAGAUGGGCCAAAAUUAUCCUUCCAAGAUUAAUCAGGAUGGGGAGCAGUUUGGACAGCCCAGUGGCAGUUACAAUUUUCUUUGGUGCCAAUGAUAGUGCACUAAAAGCUGAGAAUCCCAAGCAGCACAUCCCCCUGGCUGAGUAUGUCUCAAACUUGAAGAGCAUGGUGCGGUACCUGCGGUCUGUGGGCAUCCCCCAGGAUCGAGUCAUUCUCAUCACUCCUCCCCCGCUUUGUGAGUCAGCCUGGGAGGAGGAGUGCCUCAUACAAGGUUGCAAAUUAAAUCGCUUGAACUCCGUUGUUGGUGAAUAUGCCAAUGCCUGUGUACAAGUGGCCCAAGACUGUGGGACUGAUGUCCUUGACCUGUGGAACCUGAUGCAGAAGGACAGCCAGGACUUCUCAUCCUACUUAUCAGAUGGACUACAUCUAUCACCAAAAGGAAAUGAGUUUUUGUUUUCACAUCUCUGGCCUCUGAUAGAGAAAAAGGUGUCUUUUCUGCCUUUGCUCCUUCCUUACUGGAAAGAUGUAGCAGAAGCAAAACCUGAACUGAGUCUGCUGGGAGAUGGAGACCAUUAGUCAACCCCAGAAAACCCAAGUUUGGUUGUUAAUUACAGAACUUGAAGUUGCUUAUACACAGAGAUUCCAAGGAGGAUAACUGAAGAAUUUAAGCUUAAACCUUUGCUCAUGACCCUAGAUCAAAAACCGCUAAUAUUUGCUACCAAUAUUAAUAAAAGUUUCAGAAUUUUCAGGGAAGUGUUGUA